AUGGAUCACGUCGCCGGCCGCCCCCGCCACUCGGACCGACUCCUCGCCGACCCGUUCGGCAGCGGGACCGGGCCGCCGACGAGCGCAGAGUUUCGUGUCGGCAUCCAGAGGGAGGACGGCAGCAGGACUGCAGCAGGAGAUGGACACCAGUGCUCCUGUGAUGCCUUCCUGCCCGGCUCAACAUUUCCCACUGCUGAUUUGGUGAUGGUCGAGCAGAAGGCGGUGGAGAUCUCACACAGUCUGGACCUGGAGAUGGGAAAAAUGGAGAACUACCAAGUCAAGGUGACAGAAUAUGCAGAAAAGAUUGCAGAACUGACAGCAACAAUUGAGAGUUUGGAGAAAAGCCGUGGUGACCACAAUGAAGCUGAGCUGGAAGAGGUGAAGGUGGAGAUCAAACUGGUGGAGGCGCUGAUCAAUGAGCUGCAGGCCUCCAUGAAAAGCUCCACGGCUGUCUUUGACUCCCUGCAUCAACAGACCACAGUGGCGGUGGAAACUCUGGACAGGCUGGAGGAGACCUAUGAUAAAAACCGGGUUUUGGCGGCCCGUCGAGAUUACAUCGAGGUGGCGCUGCAGCUGGCAGAGUGUGAGGAUCGAUACCAGGAAAUUUUCCACCCCGACAUCGGCUCGUGUGAACACGGCGGCAUCAUCAAGGUCAGCAAGCCCAUCGUGAGCCAGCUUAAUGCCCAACUGAGUUCUUCAUAUAUAUACGGCGGCUGGGGGAAAGAUUCAAAACCUCUUGCUGGCAGGGAGUCCAUGUACUGGUUCGCUGGCUCUAGUUCUACUUCAGUUUCUAGCAUUAAGCUUUACAGCGACUACAAGAACCUCAUUUUGAGAAAGUACUUCUUAGACCAAUGGUUAAACUACCAUACUUCAGGGAACAAUUACAUAAUCCGUGCUAACACCCUGUAUUAUGACACCAACAGCCGUUUUGGUGUGGCCAAGUUGAAUUUCACGAGCAUGAUAUAUGAGACCAAAGAUAUUCCAGGGGCGGGGCCAAUCUCCUACUCUCUUUAUCCCAAUCAGUACUUUGACUUUGCAGCUGAUGAGAGCGGUCUGUGGUUGAUCUAUGCCACAGAGGAGUCCAAAGGAAUGUUGUUUGUUGCCAAGAUAAAUGAGGAGUCUUUUGAGGUCGAGGAGCAAAUACAGACAAGUGUUUACAAGCCCAGUGCGAGCAAUGCCUUCGUGGUGUGUGGAGUUCUGUAUGUAGUCAGAACUGUUGAUAUUACUACUGAAGAGAUCUUCUAUACAUUUGACCUCAAAACCAAACAGGAGAGCUACAUCAGUAUUCCCUUUGAGAGGUUCCUGGACAAGUACUCCAGCCUGGACUAUAAUCCCACUGACCAGAAGCUCUACAUGUACAGUGAGGGCUACUAUGUCAACUACCAGGUGUGGUUCGGCAAUAACACUGCUGAAGCCACUGUGUAG